AUGAUUGCCAAGCAAGUUCUGGACUCAUUCCUCACUAAAAAGGCUGUCUGCUUUUCCACAGGCUCUAAAGUGAUACUCAGAGAGGUGACUUCAGUAAUGAAAAUAGACCUUCAGAGUUUGCCGGGCGGAAGCUUAUCCACAGGAGGUAGCGGAAGUGCUUUCUCUUCCGGUCUCUUUGGCCUCGGCGGCGGCGGCUUCGGGAAGCGUAGCAACAAGGCACACACGUUGUGCCGCCGCUGUGGCUCUAAGGCCUACCACCUUCAGAAGUCUACCUGUGGCAAAUGCGGCUACCCCGCCAAGCGCAAGAGAAAGUAUAACUGGAGUGCCAAGGCUAAGAGACGAAACACUACCGGGACUGGGCAGAUGAGGUACCUAAAAAUUGCCUACCGAAUAUUCAGACAUGGAUUCCGUGAAGGGACAACCCCUAAACCCAAGAGGGCAGCUGUUGCAGCAUCCAGUUCAUCUUGA